AUGUCACUUCAAAAUUGCCUCAUAAAACAAUUAUCUGAGCAACAAGAAAAAGCUUUUCAAAGAAUCUUUGAUAUACUCCAUAAUGAUGACACUUAUGGAAGAGGAUUGGAUAUUAUUAAUGAAAGAUUAGAACAAGCAUCAUUUAGAGAAAUGUUAUAUUGUGCUCAUUCUGGGUUUAUUUCCCAUUUACUUUGUUGUCCUCGUCUUGACGAUUGGACAGAAGUUUGUAUUUGCGUUAUUCAUAUUUUAGAUGACCUUUUUGCAUCUUCUUCUUUUGCUGAGUAUUCUAUUUUGUAUGAUCCUCAAUUAAUUGCUGGACUAACUGAUGCUCUUAACUCGUCUUUUGCAAUGUCAAGUACUCAGGUACAAGAAUUAUUAUAUUUUAUAGCCAAUAUUAUUUAUGAUAACACAAACCUUAUAGAUAAUUUUAAUCCUUUAUUAUCACCAUUAAUGGCUAUUGUCGAACCUUCAAACCAAAACAGAAUAUUAGCUUCUUCUACAAUAACUAAUAUCAUUCAACCAGCAAACUCUCGUGGACAAGUAAUGUUUCUUAAAGCUCAUGGUAUUGAAAAAGCAGUGCAAAUGCUUACUUCUUCAGACGAAUUUGAAAAUAUUACUGGAUGUAAAUUAUUGUAUCAAUUACUUAUUCAACCUGAUGAAAGAAUCCGUUCAGUUUUUGUUAAAAUAUUAUUUGCCCAAGAAUUAUUUUUACCAACAAUGACCUCUUUAAUGUCUAGAGCAAAAGGAGAACUUGCUGAAUUAUUAAUGGCAAUUACUUAUGGAAUUUCAUUAGUUCGUGGGCAUGAGUUAGAAUUUCUUGAAUCUGGUCUUAUUUAUGAAUUAUUUAAUUAUCUUGAUUAUCCAUUUAAUGAUCAAACAACACAACAAAGUUUUACUUGGGCUGUUAAUGCAUUAUUUAGUUGUUUAUAUGAAAAAAGAUUAUACCAUCAUAUGAGAAUGGUCGGAUUAACUGAUAAAAUUACUAAUUUACUCAAACACUACCAAGAACUUGAUACUCAAAUUGUAUCUUCAUUGUUUGGUAUUAUUAGGUAUUUAAUUUCUUAUGAGGGAAUUCAGAUAGAGUUUAUGGUUUUGGAUUGUGUUCAUGCAAUUGAUAUAAUUUGUCAAGACCCUAAAAUUGGCCCUUCAACAAAAACAAUAGGAAAAUCAAUUAUCCAAGUAUUGAAUAAUGAUAAAAAUAUUGAAUUACUUAAAAAAAUUAAGGAAACUAUAACUGCUCCAACUCCUGAAGUUAAAAUAUCAGAGUCUGAAAGACUCCUUGUUGUUGCUAAACAAGCACAACAAGAGCAACAUGAAGAACAAAAAGUUGAAGAAUCAACACAAAAAGAUUCGAAAUUUAAACUUGGUAUAAGUGAUCAUAGUAGAGAUAACACUAGAAAGUCAAUUAUUGGUAGUAAUAGAACCCAUCUUCCUUCUGUUGCACAAAGUACUCCUAUUAUGAAGAAAUCAAAUAGAAUGUCUGUUACUGAUCUUAAAACUUUGUUGGGUCAAUCUAAUCCUAAUGAGGAGCAAAUGAAAAUCCUUUCUGAAUUCAACUUAAAGAAAGCUAAAAGAUUCCAUAUAAUUCAAGAAAUGUAUACAACAGAAAAAACAUAUGUUGAAUCUAUGAAACAAUGCUUAGACGUUAUGUUCCCAUUUUUCCAACAAAACCUUCCAGAAGAUGUUGAUACAUUAUUCUCUAACUUUAAAGAUGUUUACGAGAUUCAUGAACGUUUAUUUAAGAAAAUAUCUGAGAGAUGGUUAAGUCAAAAAGAAGAAGCGUUUGUCUCUAUUGCAGACAUUUUCAUUGAAUUUUUCAACUGGAAAGAAGUGUAUGAUGUUUAUGUUCGUUAUCUUGUUGAAGCAGAUGAUGGUAUUCAAUUUGAUUUUAGUGAGAAACCUCAAAUUGUUAAAGACCAACUCACAACUUGGGCAGGACAAUGUUUGAUUCUUGCUAACUUUUUGAUUCUUCCAGUCCAACGUUUACCACGUUAUGUUUUACUUCUUGAAUCAUUACUAAAAGCUACUCCUCCAAUCGAAGAGUAUGAUUAUUUGAAACAAGCAUUAGAUGAUGGUCGUAAACUAACAGUAAAACUUAAUACUGAUAAAAAAGAUUUUCAAGACAAGAAGUUUCUCAGUCAUUAUAACAAAGUUAUUAUUGGAAUUGAACCAAAUGAACACCGACAAUUUAUUAGAGAAGGUACAUUAAACAUCAAAGAAAAAUCUAAAGCUAUCUAUCAAUGUGUCUUGAUGUCAGAUUCUUUCUUUGUUUUAACCCAAAACAAGAAAAAUAAAAAGUUGUAUGACAUUAAAUUCGUCUGUAAAAAAGGUAUUUCUCACUUAGUAGAUAAUAAGAAAAUGAAAAAGGUUAAAGACAUUACUGAUAUUAUUACCUUCAGUAUUUCAGAGGGAAAGAAAGAAAAGACCAUAUCAUUACUCUUUGGAUUUGGUUCUGAUUUUGAAGGGUGGUCUUCAUCUAUCAAUUCUGUUUUCAGAAAUUGA